AAUAAUAAUAAUAAUAAUAAUAAUAAUAAUAAUAAUAAUAAUAAUAAUAAUAAUAAUAAUAAUAAUAAUAAUAAUAAUAAUAAUAAUAAUAAUAAUAAUAAUAAUAAUAAUAAUAAUAAUAAUAAUAAUAAUAAUAAUAAUAAUAAUAAUAAUAAUAAUAAUAAUAAUAAUAAUAAUAAUAAUAAUAAUAAUAAUAAUAAUAAUAAUAAUAAUAAUAAUAAUAAUAAUAAUAAUAAUAAUAAUAAUAAUAAUAAUAAUAAUAAUAAUAAUAAUAAUAAUAAUAAUAAUAAUAAUAAUAAUAAUAAUAAUAAUAAUAAUAAUAAUAAUAAUAAUAAUAAUAAUAAUAAUAAUAAUAAUAAUAAUAAUAAUAAUAAUAAUAAUAAUAAUAAUAAUAAUAAUAAUAAUAAUAAUAAUAAUAAUAAUAUUAAUAAUAAUAAUAAUAAUAAUAAUAAUAAUAAUAAUAAUAAUAAUAAUAAUAAUAAUAAUAAUAAUAAUAAUAAUAAUAAUAAUAAUAAUAAUAAUAAUAAUAAUAAUAAUAAUAAUAAUAAUAAUAAUAAUAAUAAUAAUAAUAAUAAUAAUAAUAAUAAUAAUAAUAAUAAUAAUAAUAAUAAUAAUAAUAAUAAUAAUAAUAGUAAUAAUAAUAAUAAUAAUAAUAAUAAUAAUAAUAAUAAUAAUAAUAAUAAUAAUAAUAAUAAUAAUAAUAAUAAUAAUAAUAAUAAUGAUAAUAAUAAUAAUAAUAAUAAUAAUAAUAAUAAUAAUAAUAAUAAUAAUAAUAAUAAUAAUAAUAAUAAUAAUAAUAAUAAUAAUAAUAAUAAUAAUAAUAAUAAUAAUAAUAAUAAUAAUAAUAAUAAUAAUAAUAAUAAUAAUAAUAAUAAUAAUAAUAAUAAUAAUAAUAAUAAUAAUAAUAAUAAUAAUGAUAAUAAUAAUAAUAAUAAUAAUAAUAAUAAUAAUAAUAAUAAUAAUAAUAAUAAUAAUAAUAAUAAUAAUAAUAAUAAUAAUAAUAAUAAUAAUAAUAAUAAUAAUAAUAAUAAUAAUAAUAAUAAUAAUAAUAAUAAUAAUAAUAAUAAUAAUAAUAAUAAUAAUAAUAAUAAUAAUAACAAUAAUAAUAAUAAUAAUAAUAAUAAUAAUAAUAAUAAUAAUAAUAAUAAUAAUAAUAAUAAUAAUAAUAACAAUAAUAAUAAUAAUAAUAAUAAUAAUAAUAAUAAUAAUAAUAAUAAUAAUAAUAAUAAUAAUAAUAAUAAUAAUAAUAAUAAUAAUAAUAAUAAUAAUAAUAAUAAUAAUAAUAAUAAUAAUAAUAAUAAUAAUAAUAAUAAUAAUAAUAAUAAUAAUAAUAAUAAUAUUAAUAAUAAUAAUAAUAAUAAUAAUAAUAAUAAUAAUAAUAAUAAUAAUAAUAAUAAUAAUAAUAAUAAUAAUAAUAAUAAUAAUAAUAAUAAUAAUAAUAAUAAUAAUAAUAAUAAUAAUAAUAAUAAUAAUAAUAAUAAUAAUAAUAAUAAUAAUAAUAAUAAUAAUAAUAAUAAUAAUAAUAAUAAUAAUAAUAAUAAUAAUAAUAAUAAUAAUAAUAAUAAUAAUAAUAAUAAUAAU